AUGAGCCGGUGGUUCAGAGGUGCGACUAAGGCUACGGCCCCAAUGGUUGCCGAGGAAGAAGAUCGGCAUCUAUUGCAGGUUGAACAGGCAUUGUUGAAGUUACUCAACGAUGACAUUGCAGAAGCCGACAAGAUCCUGAAACAGCAGAACUCCUCAUACCAUCAUCUGGGACGGGGAAUAUCCAGUUUCAUAUCUUCCAUGUUGGCUGCUGAAAAGGAGUUGAUGAAGGAUGCGGCUUCUAUCCUACAGUCCGCUGAGAAUAAGACUUGGGAGGAUAUGAAAACUGCUCAGAAAUCUCCCACAGCAUUUCAAUCUCACAUAUAUCCACCUGGGACAGAAUAUCUUUUGUGCUAUGCCAGUAAUGCAAUAUGUGCUGUCUUGUCUGGGAGUGUGACCGGAGCAAUGGGGGGCUUUUUCAAACUACGGAAGAGUUUCAUGACUCUUGACGGGAUCAUGGAUAUCGAGUCAAAGUAUCUGCAGAAACGAGCUGCUUCUCGGAGGGGCUCUGUAGCUUCACGCAAAGAGGCUGACCGUGAGAAUGUGAAGUUACCAGGUGGUAGCGAUGGAGCUUCUCUUCGAGCUACCACAACUGAUGAUGAGAAGGCGGCUAUUGCAGGUGCUGCUGUUCUUAAUGGGAGUCCAGGAAGCCCGCCAUUACAUCGGACACAGACUUCUGCCACGACAGGUUCGUUGCAGAUUCCUACCCGAGUUGAGAGCAAACUUCUGGAUAUUGAUCCGGCAUCUGUUGGAAUCACAUCUCAUACAGAUGUUUUCAUCCAUUCGGGUACGAGACUAUGUUACGGUAUUUUGCUUGUUGUCUUUUCAAUGAUUGAGAAUCCCGUUUUCAAUAGAAUUUUGUACAUCGUUGGCUUCAAGGGAGAUAGAGAACGGGGGACUAGGUACCUCUGGCAAGCGGCUCGUUUCAAUAAUUUCAACAGUGCCAUCGCUGGUAUUGUACUCCUUGCAUAUUACAACGGCCUAGUCGGCUUCUGUGAUAUUCUUCCUACGGACGAAAUGGCAAGUGAUGACAUCUCUGGUUAUCCAAGAGCCAAGUGUCAUACUCUUCUGGGAGACAUGCGGCGCAGAUACCCAGAAUCAAAGCUAUGGAAGAUGGAGGAGGCACGAAUGCACUCUUCCAAUAGAAAUCUUGGUGCUGCUAUCAAAAUUCUGUCCGAAAACUCCAACAGCCAGAUGAAACAGAUUGCCCUCAUCAACAUUUUCGAACUAUCUCUUUCUGCUAUGUAUUCACAAGACUACGACUUGACCGCAAGGAGCUGGAUACAAGCAGCAGAGUUGAGCACUUGGUCACCAACGCUGUAUGCUUACUUGACUGGCGUGGCGUAUCUUGAGUCAUACCGCAACGUUCGCGAAAGUGACCCUGCUGCGGCCAAGGCGUUCAAAGAGAAAGCAACCGAGUUCCUGAAGAAGGCUCCUACCAUGGCAGGCAAACAAAAAGUCAUGGCACAAAAUCUGCCCUUUGAUUUAUACAUUGUUCGCAAAGUACAAAAAUGGGUAGAGAGAUCCAAAACUUGGAAAGUAGACCUCAUCGAUGCAAUCGGGGCAAGUCCACUGACGGAAAUGGUAUACUUCUGGGGUGGAAUGAAGAAACAAGACAAUGUUCAGCUGCAACAGUCCCUCGAUUGUUUAUCGUGGGACAGGACAACCCACGCAGAAAAGUUCAAAGAGGAUCUUGACGAAACUGCGAUCCAGGCGGUUCUCCGGGCUGCGCUUAUCCGAAACUUAGGACGAUAUGACGAAGCUCGACAGAUCCUUACGACUGAGAUAUUACCUCACGAUAAAAACGCAUUCAGGGGCAAUCUAAAAGAUGACUGGACAUGCCCAAGCGCGCACUAUGAAAUGGCUGCUUUGGCUUGGGUUGAAAAGGAUUUGGACGGCGCGGACCAUAAAUCAAAGGUAUUUGACUGCCAGGAAUGGCUUACAAAGACUCAGAAAUGGCCAUAUGAAUGGGUGUUGGACUCGCGGAUGUCCAUCAAGCUCACGACAUCAAUACUUACUGUAGAGAGGCACAGGAAGAUCAUGGGGUUUUAAACUUUGCUUCGAGGGGUGCAUAUAGACAGAUUACUUUGGUGCAUGAGUUAUGAAGGUCCCAGAGGUAUAACUAUGAUAUGCUUGAGAUCUAGUUAGGCGCAUGAUGACGGCUGCUCAUGGAGGGCUUCGAGGUGUUGCGUGGCGUGGAAAGGUGUGCUGAAGAGCAGCCACGGGAAUCUUCUACUCCAUAAGAAAAAGUGAUAUUUGUUCCAC